CAACUGCGCAUGCGCAGAGCCAGAAGAAAAAAACUGAUUUCUCGUCAUGGUGUCGUCCUAGCAAACAUGUAAGCUUUCCGAACGCCGAUGGCAAGAUGCACCACGAAAAGAAAAGAAGCAUGGACGACACCUGGUCCGCUGCCGAGCUGAAAAGACGACUUUCCAGGAGGAAGGAACAGGAACGCGACACAAAGCAGUACCGCGGUGGGGAAUCCGCGGAGAGACGCCACAGGGACUCGCGAGGGGACAGAGACCACAGAGACCGUCACGGAGAGAGACGGGACUCGGGCGCAGAGGACAGACGCGGUGACCGGGAUGCGAGGGCGGAGCCAGAAAGGCCGGAGGACGCGAACAGGCGUGCGCGCGACUCCAGAGAGGGCAGAGGCAAGCGGGAUAAAGGCAGGUCGAAGGAGGGACCCCAGGAGGAGGAGGACAGACUCAAGAGGAAGGAGGACAGAGAAAGACGGAGGGAAGAACGGGACAGGAGGAGACACGAAGAGAGGAGGGACGACCACGACGGACGAGAAAGGCACGAGGACAGGAAGCAGUCGAGGGAGGAAAGAGAGCAACACCGAAAACAAAAAGAAGACCGAGAAAGGAGACACAAAGAGAGAGCCUGCCGCGAUGAAAAGCCGAGGCGCGAGAGAGAGGAGCGAGCCGAGGAAGAGCGAGCCGAGAGGGAACGACGCAGAGAAGCCGUCGAGAGACGUCACAGCAGCUCCAGGGAAUCCAAAGCCAGUCACCGCCAUGACACUAAAACUAGCAAAGCUGAGGGGGAUGUGAUGCAUUCAGGGAACGUGGCAGCUGGAGACGCACAAGACCCAGUAGCCGAGGAUGAACCUUCACAUGAGUACGAAGAUGACUUCGAGGAUUACGAAGAGGAUUUCGAGGAACUAGACGAGGACGACAAGGACGGCGAGGAGGAGGACGGGAAUGCGGAAGUGGGCGAGGAGGUUAAAGCCAUCCAGAGAGCCAUGGGUGAAGAGAAUAAACGAGUCCGGGCAUCUUUUUCUCCUUUUAGCAAAGAGGAGGAAGAAGGAGAAGAAAAGCCCGAAUGGUCCAGAGUGAAGCGCUCAGACGAGAAGGAGAGUCGAGGCUCCCAGCGAGGAAAGUUCAUCGACUUUGUGGCGGCGAAGCAGCGAGAAGUCAGCAAGAAAGUCGCCAUGAAACAAAGGAAGCGCAGUGCGGAGCUGCUUCGCUUAAUUGAUCUGGAUUUCUCCACCACGUUUUCCCUUCUGGAUCUACCUCCUGUCAGCGAAUAUGACAUGUACAUUAGGAACUUCGGAGCCGCAAACACAAAGCAGGCUUACGUCCAGUGUAACGAGGAAAAUGCCGACCGGGACAUCCAGACUGAGGAGGUGGACUUAAGUGACAAGUGGACUCAGCAUCCCGCAGAGCAAAGCGGGGCCUGUGGCGAUCCAAACCAGUCACAUGAAACUCGAAAAAUGAUCGGGAUGAACUUCGAUUCGAGGCGCCUGGCCGCGUUCCUGCGUGCCGCCUCCCAGGUGAUGUCCGUGCUGCUGGAGGAGGAUCACGCCGAGAGAAGUUCCUUCCAGGGCCGGACGGCACAAAAGGACGCUCUGUCGUUCAGCGACGGAAGUCUGCAACUCAACACCGACUUGCCUUUCCUCCGCGGUCGCGCCGUCAGCCGGGUGCUCUUCUCUCAAGUGCGGAGGCACAGGCUCCUGUCGGUCCACGAGCCCUCAGCUUCGACCGGCGACGUCGUGCGGCAUCGCGGCUGCGCCGUCAUCUGCGUCUGGAACAUGUGGGAGCCAUCCAGACCGCAGAAGAUCCUGCUCUGUGAAUCAGAGGUGCAGUGCUGCUGUUUCAGCCCGGGAAAGGCAACGUUGGUGUUCGCCGGCACGCGCAUCGGCUCCGUGGCGCUGUGGGACCUACGGGAGCCCGACGGCAACCACCAUCGCUUGAAGGUGGGCGAGGACGAGUGGACCUUCAGACGGCCUACCUUUUCCACUGAUGCAGUGCCCUCAGUCCAUUUCUCAUCAGUGACGUCCGUCGAGGUUGUUCCCGCCACUGUGACCGGGGCGGCGGGGCCAGAGGCGGUCUUCUUAGCAUCUGAGGAAGAGUUGUUGGGAUUGUCGUUCCAGUUGGCUUCGAUGGACGACAACGGGCUGUUGAAUCUUUGGGUGGUAGUGCAACUCCCAAAAGCCAACGAGGCGGGCUCCCAGACAGAUCUCGGUCUGAGGCCGGGUGGCAAAGUGAAACUGCUCCACAGCUCGGCCUGCGUGACGGCCAAAGGGGUUUCGCAGUCGCACGCGGACAAAACAGGACCGCCGCAGUCGCUUCAUUUAAAAUUUCUCCCCACUGACCCCAGCCAUUUCUUCAUCGGCACCAAUAUGGGUCUGGUCAGUCACGGCACCACUCAGGGUUUGAAAGCCCUGCCCAAGUGCUACAGCUCGCAGCAGCUUGCCACCCGCCUUGUUGAUGUCACCGCCAUCCAGUUUUCUCCUUUUAGGCCACACUUGUUUUUGGUGGGCUGCAGCGACGGCAGUGUGCGGCUACACGAGGUCAGCCGUGACAAACCGGCGGCCGAGUGGGCGGACGGCACUGCCGGCGAGGAGGUGGUCUCGUUGCAGUGGAGCCAGACCAGGCCGGCGGUCUUCUGCGUGCUGGAUGCUGCGUCCCGCCUUUACAUUUGGGACCUGUUGAAGAGCGACACGGCGCCUGUGGUUACAGAGCAGUUGCACGCUGACAGGCUGACGGCCAUGGCUGCAUUUGGAGAUGCGGGACAACAGAACACAUAUUCAGGAAUAGCGACCGCACACCACUCGGGUAAAAUAGAAAUGCACUAUUUCACAAGGGAAUUCGCCAUCCGAAGUGGUCACGAAGAAAACGCAUUAGAGGGAAAGAUUGUAGAAUCCUUUUGAAACACUUGAAGGACCUUUAUUGUCAAUUGGUACUCAUGACACAAAUAGGUUGUGUACAUUUUGUCACAUGGAUUUUUAUAGUGUAUCGUUACACAAAUAUAAACUUUUACUGUGUACUAGUAUGAGCGAAUGGCAAGGGUUUGUUACAUCGUGCAUCUGUUGGUCUGUCUAUACACACACACACACACAGAAAACAGUAUGUCAUUUGGAAGUGUAGGGAAAAUUAUAUUUACUAUCAUCUCUAUCCUUUCAAGUACAGUUUUCCAAUACAUAUAUGUGAAGUACCACACAUGCAACCCAGCGGGGUAAAAUUGACACCUCCGAAGAUACUUUUAGCUUACUGUAGCUGCUCAAAUAGGGAUCCGCUCGCUAAUGGACACUGUGCCUCAAUAACAAAAGACAGGAGAUUUCGGAGGUGUACGUGUUGGAACACUCGAGACCGGUCUCAAGACCACAUUUUGAAGGUCUUGGUCUUCUCUCAGACUCCGGCCCCAAAAGUCUUGUUCUUGUCUCGUUCUUGCAUUGGCCAGACGUGGGAUAUUCUGUGGAGCGCAGCACUCAUCUGCUCUUAUUCAACUUCAUUCAUGUGCUAAUAAGGAGAAGCACUUUGUAAAACAACAAAUACAUUGAUGUCUUACUAACUGCCCCAGCACCACCACCACAAUGCUUGCAACUUUAGCGGUGUUGUGACUGAGGGGCACAAGCGGAAGUGAAAGGUUCGAGAUGUAAAUAAUAAACUGAGAGACCGGAACAAGACAUGUCCGCUAACUCAUCAACAGUAAGUAAAUGUGGCUUCCUCAACCACAAAGGCUUCAUAUGUACAACAACAUGCAAAAGAAAACUCCGUGGUGUGUAAAUUCAACUCACUGAAACGGUAGCGACGCCGAAUUUGAGCUGGAAUCUCGAAAGAAAACAACACAGGUCAGCUAAUGUUCACUGUAAUCCUCGGAUAAUUGCCUUGGGAAUUGUUUUUUUCCCAACCCAAAAAAUUCUUGAAUAAGCGGAGAUAAACUGCCAUAAGUGUUUUCGGGAUGGGAAGAAAAAAAAAACAGCUGAAUCCACUGCGAGUAUGCGGGGGUCAACUGUAUUACAAUACAGUAUUUCCUGGCCUCCACUCAGCAACAGCAAACAUCACGAGACUCAAGAGUAUUAAAAUGACAAAACAUUUAAUGAAAAUGUCACGUAGAUAUCCAUUUUUCAGUAUGUUUACGCCAUGAAAGAUGAUUAUUGUAUGUGAAACAAAUAUCUGGUGUUAAAAAAAAAUCUGAAAUAAUUUCAGAACAUUAGGUGCGCCUGAAAAAAAUAGGAACGGGAAAAAAUUGGCAGCCUUAGAAUCUGCCUAUCGAUACUGACUAGAGAUGUGUGCAUAGGACACAAAAUGAGUUGGAAAAUGGAAAUUUGAUAUAUUAAGAAAUGAAGUAUGAAAAUAAGAAUACAUUGCACGAGUAUGACAUUCUGCUCACGUUUAAUAUAAAAAUGAAAAGGUGGAUCCUUCGAGAACGCUGCAUUAAUGACCAUCACUCUGCUAAGUCUUGAUCAUAAUUGAGCAGGUCGCAAGUGAGCACAAUAUCCGAGCGUCCGCAGUCCUGCAGAACUUUGUUGAGGAGGCUGCUGGUGGCGUGAAUAUCCGUGGACUCGUCCAGAGGCCAGUCCAGGAGCUGCGCGCUGGACGGCAGUUCGGGGAGGCCUGGCUGGUAGUCCUCCAGGGGGUUGGGGUAGAGCAGCUGGCGCAUGGAGGGCACCCUCGCCACCGUCCUCACCGCCUUUACCAGACCGGCGGUGGAGAGCGGGUUGAGGGCGAGGGCCAGGCUUCGGAGGGACGAGCAGCAGCCAAGGGAAGGCAGCAACGGGCCCAGCAGGUCGUCGCUGAGCCCGCAGCCGCUCAGCGACAGGUGGCGCAGGCUGCCCGACGCCUGCGACAGGAGGCGGCGUACGGAGGGCAGCGUGUCGGCAUUGAGUCGGUUCUCGCUCAAGUCCAGCCGCUGCAGGGAGGAAGCGUGCCGGCUGCACGACAGGUAGGCCAGAUCGGCCGCGCUGAGGCUCAAGUAAGGCAGCUCCAGCACCUCCAGAGGCUGAGGCAAGGAACUGCAACAAGUACAGGACUUGAAGAGU